GCGCGCGCGUCCGUGCGUGCGUUGCUGUGACGUCACGCUCCUCCGGCGGCGCUCCUAAACUCAGUAACGGCGAACGGACUCGGUUAAACUAGUGCAAACACGCGGACGGGGGUGUAACGGCUCAGACGAACGGGAAUACUCUCGGUGUGUCGCGGAGGAGCACGAGAGGAGCGCGCGGAGGCGUUUGCGAGGCUCGCGCGAUGGACCGGAGACUUUUAACGGGGUUUCUCUUUUUCGCCGCUAUUCUUUUGAUCUCCUCCGGAACAGUUCCAGAAUCCCAAGAUGACUGUCUCCUGCAGAAGUCCUUCAGCGAGUGCGGAUACACCCAAGGCAAAGACGACGACUUCAACUGGGAGCAGAUGAACACCCGGCAGAAGCCCUCGCCGGACCCCUGGCUCCCCACAGACUCUGUGUUCAUGAUGGCCAACGCCUCCGGAAGGUUCUCGGGACAGAAAGCUCAGCUCUUCAUGCCCCAGUUUAAGGAGAACGACACCCACUGCGUCAUAUUCCAGUAUUACAGCGCGGGUCGAGAGGCGUCCAGCCCCGGCCAGCUCUACAUCUACGUCCGGGAGAACAACGGUCCUCUGGGAAUGCCGGUGUGGAACGCGUCCGGUCCCGCCCUGCAGAAGUGGACCCAGGUGGAGCUCGCCGUCAGCACCUUCUGGCCCAACUACUACCAGCUGGUGUUCGAGAUGGUGGCGUCUGGGGAACGAGGUCUGCUGGCCGUCAGAGGAAUCUCCCGUCAGGGUCAUCAGUGCAUGAACACGCCUCAUUUCCUGCACAUUAAAGGUGUGGAGGUCAACGCCAGACAGACGGCCACGUUCCACUGCACGAUUAACGGACAGCCCAAAGAUCACGUCCACUACAAGCUCUGGUUACAGGGCAUCGGAGGUCGCGAGGCUCCUAUGAAGGACACGAAACCCGUGAACUCCAGACGCUACACCGGCACCUUCGACAUCCUCAACACCACGAAGAGCGACUCGGGCCAAUACCGGUGCAUCGUCCACUCAGAGAGGGGUGUGGGAGUGUCCAGUUACGGGGUGCUGGUGGUCAAACAGCCUCCGAUCCCCAUCGCUCCUCCUCAGCUGACGGCCGUCGGCGCCACCUACCUGUGGAUCCAGCUCAACGCCAACUCCAUCAACGGAGACGGGCCCAUCGUGGAGAAAGAGGUGGAGUACCGCACUCUCUCCGGGAGCCUGAUCGACAACCAGCCCGUAGACAAACCCAACCACAAGAUCGGCCACCUGGACCCCGACACCGAGUACGAGAUCAGCGUCCUGCUCACCAGACCGAACGAGGGCGGCACCGGCGCGCCAGGACCCCCGCUCAGGGCCAGAACCAAGUGUGCAGAUCCCAUGCACGGGCCUCGCAGACUCCAGGUCGUGGACAUCAAGUCCCGGCAGUUCACCAUCCGCUGGGAGCCGUUCGGAUACAACGUGACGCGCUGCUACAGCUACAACCUGACGGUGCAGUACCGCUACACGGCCAGCGCUAAAGAGGAGACGCGCGAGGAGGUGUGUUACGAUACGCCGAGUGUGCCGCCGCAACACACCAUCCGCAGCCUCCCGCCGUACACCAACGUGAGCGUGCGACUGCUCCUGCGCAACCGCGAGGGCGUGAAGGAGAGCGAGGCGCUGCGCGUGCUGACCGACGAGGACGUGCCCGGUGCCGUCCCGCUGGAGUCGGUCCAGGGAAGCUCGUUUGAGGAGAAGAUCGGCCUCCGCUGGAGAGAGCCGCUGCAGACCUACGGGGUCAUCACGCAGUACGAGAUCUUCUACAAGGCCGUCAGCUCCUUCGACCCCGAGUUCAACUUGACCAAUCAGAGCGGGAAGGUCCUGAAGUCCAGCAACGAGACGUCACACGUGUUCCCGGGCCUCUAUCCCGGAUCCACGUACUCCUUCACCAUCAGAGCCAGCACGGUGAAGGGAUACGGGCCGCCCGUCAUCACGCAGUUCACCACCAAGAUCUCACCUCCGCGUAUGCCGGGAUACGAGCAGGAGAGUCCGCUGAACCAGAGCGACAGCACAGUGACGGUUCUGCUGAAGCCGGCCCGGAGUCGAGGAGCGCCCGUCAGUGUGUAUCAGGUGGUGGUGGAGGAGGAGCGUCCCCGUCGUUCCCAGAGAGCUGCUGAGAUCCUGCGCUGUUAUCCCAUUCCCAUCCACUUCCAGAACUCAUCCGGCCUGAACUCCCAGUACUACUUCAGCGCUGAGUUCCCCUCGGCCCGGAUCCAGGCGCCGAUGCCCUUCACCGUCGGGGACAACCGGACCUAUGGCGGAUACUGGAACCUUCCGCUGCUCCCGCACAAGAGCUACAGCGUCUACUAUCAGGCCGUCAGCACAGCCAAUGGGGAAACUAAGAUCGAUUGUGUUCGUGUGGCCACUAAAGCUGCCAUUAUUGUGACACAGCUCACCACACCAUAUGUGCGAAUCGCACCCGCUGCCGGCGACAGCCAACUAACAGGUGCUGCGACCCGUAAGCCUGACGCCGUGGAGCCAGAGAAACACACGGAUCACACGGUGAAGAUCGCAGGAGUCAUCGCUGGAGUCCUGCUCUUCGUCAUCAUCUUCCUCGGUGUGGUGCUGGUCAUGAAGAAACGAAGAUCCUAUCACUCCUACACUUACUACCUGAAACUGGCGAAGAAGCGUAAGGAGACGCUGAGCACCACGAGGCAGGAGAUGACGGUGAUGGUGAACUCCAUGGACAAGAGCUACGCGGAGCAGGGCACCAGCUGCGACGAGGCCAUCUCCUUCAUGGACACACACAACCUCAACGCCAGACCUGUGUCGUCGCCGUCCUCGUUCACCGUGAAGACUAACACACUGAGCACAUCCGUGCCCAACUCCUACUAUCCAGACCCGUUUGUGCCGACCGCCAUCUUAGUGCCCAUUAAUGAUGAGAGCCAGACGAUGACCAGCGAGACCAGCAGCCUGGUGCAGUCACACACACACUCCUAUAAGAAGCGCGAGGCGCUGGACGUGCCGUACCAGACCGGACAGCUUCACCCGGCCAUCCGAGUGGCCGAUCUCCUGCAACACAUCACACAGAUGAAGUGUGCCGAGGGCUACGGCUUCAAGGAGGAGUACGAGAUCAACGAGAGCUUCUUCGAAGGACAGGCGGCGCCGUGGGACUCGGCCAAGAAGGACGAGAACCGGAUGAAGAACCGUUACGGGAACAUCAUCGCAUACGAUCACUCGCGUGUGCGACUGCAGCCUCUGGACGGAGAGCAGAGCUCCGAUUACAUCAAUGCUAAUUAUGUUGAUGGCUACCAUCGACCCAACCACUACAUCGCCACACAAGGCCCGAUGCAGGAGACCGUCUACGACUUUUGGAGGAUGAUCUGGCAAGAGAACACCGCGACGAUCGUCAUGGUUACCAAUCUGGUGGAGGUCGGCCGGGUGAAGUGUUGUAAGUACUGGCCCGACGACACUGAGAUCUACAGGGACAUGAAGGUGACGCUCAUCGAGACGCAGCUUCUCUCGGAAUACGUCAUUCGGACCUUCGCUGUGGAAAAGGUUCGACAUUAGUGACAUCAC